AUGUGCUUCGCUGGCGUCGCUGCCGUCGUCGCAGCGGGGCGGCCGUCGUUGUCGGAGCGGGGCGGCCGUCGCAAAGCAGCGCGUUCGAGUGCGACGAGUCGCAGACCGCCACCCACGGCGCCAUCCGAGCGGCUGAGCAAGGCGCACCUCGCGCACUGGGGGCGCUCGCUCGCUCGUGCUGCCACGUGUGCGCAGCAGCCGCAUCGGUGGCAACAACCUGCCACGUGGCAUGCUCUGCUCCCCGCGUGCGCGCUCUUUGACCCGGUGCUGAUGGGGCGGAGGAGGCAGGAGGAGUGCCUCUGUCCGCACAGCAACGAGCGGCUGGGAAACAAGAUGGGUGUCGAUGUGCACAACGUAGACAUGGACGAGGAAUUGCAGCACCUGCGGCACCUGCAGCACCUGCACCUCACGAUUCUGCAAACCCUACCCAUUCCCUCGUUCAUGCUGUGCCAGGAGCCCCAAAGACUUGCUCUGAGCAGCAUAGCGGACAUCAGAGGUAGAGGCAAGCACAGCGCUUCUGGGCAAGCCAAAUCAAACCUGCGGAGAGAGGAGUGGGGUGGCAAGAGCAGAACGCAGGCAGCAUUUGAAUCACCCGCUACAAUCUACCACCAGUUCCUAUUCGUGGAUGACCACUUGAGUCCAUGCAUGGCUGUGUGGCAGUUCUUGAGAUGCCUCAUAACAGGCAGCAUCACAACCUAUCUACCUCCCAAUCCAAUUCCGCAGACGAUCACUUGA